AUGCACAACAAUAUCGAGGAUUGGGAGAGGUUUAUGACUCUAAGUCACAAACUUGGGAGCCAAGUAUUGCCCACAGCACUAGAUUUCACUGUUCAAAUGAGUGUGAUUCCAGAGAUAGACAACAUGGGGGGCCAAACACGUGUUUCCCAAGGGAUGUUAUUUUGGUAUGAUCCAGAGGGGAUUAUGGGGUGGACUAGGGUUAAGGGGCUUAAGGGAUCACUUGAAGAACGGCUACCGAAAUUGACUGAAGAUACUAAGUUGUCAAAUUCCUACGGAGGAAGAAAUGAACUGACAGUUUGGUGGGAGACACCGGUGGUCUCUUACAGUAGAUGUAGCAGUUGUAGUAAGGAUCAUAAAGCACAGAUUCGGUGUGAAGAGAUUUCUUUUGAGUGGCGCGGUUUAGGAGAGCUUUGGGGAUUUGUUGAAUGGUCUAAGAUUGUGUCAACUUUGGGUAGAUUGGGCUCUCCUUCCCAUUUUCUUUUGCACUCUGUUAUUGUGACUUACUGA